ACCGAGGGAGGAUUGGAGUUAGAUCUAGAUUCUAGAUCUAGAUAGUAGAUUUUCUGGCAGUGUUACUCAAGUCACACUCAAGUCCAACUUCAAGUGACUCCAACUAAGAGUCUAACUAGUCUAAGUCACUAAGACUGACUAAGAGUAAGACUUAGUCUUUAGAAGUAAGUUAGUCACUAAAUCAAGACAAGUCUGAAGUCACUUAUUAGAUCUAGUCAGUUCUGACUUUCGCCACUUAUUAAUCUAAUUAGAUCUACUAGAGUCUAGAUCAAUACUUAUACUGUGCAGUUCCAGUGGACUAGAUGAUAGCUCUAAUCAUCUAAGUGAAUAGUGUGUCUAUCAUGUUGUUUUCUUUAUUGAAACAAGCUCUUCUGGCCUUGGUUUUAAUAGUUUCACUUGUUUGCACUAGUAAAGGCCAGCCACAAGGAAACAGAAUUGGUGAGGUUUACUAUGAAGAAGACUUGAUCACUCGCCUGCUUAGCCGCUAUGUGAAGGAGGCCAGACCAGUUCUUCAUCCCAACGAUGCUGUUUCUGUCUCUGUGAAAUUUUCAUUUGUUAGAAUAGAGGACUUGGAUGAAUCAACAGAUACAUUUUCAGCAUCUAUGUUCAUUGUUCAGAUGUGGAAUGAUCCUAGGCUGAAGUGGAAUAUCUCAGAGUUUGGUGGAGUGAGAAAUGUUCGUUUACCUGCUAAUAAGCUUUGGGUUCCAGAUCUUGUCCUUUAUAAUGUUGCUCACCGCAGCCCUCCACAAUCUCUCUACGAGGAGACGGUGACAGUCACGUCAGAUGGCAGCAUAGUCUGGGUGCCAAUGCUAACAUUGCACAGUACCUGCCCCAUGGACCUGAGAGACUUCCCUUAUGAUGUGCAGACCUGCAGUCUAGUCUUUGGCUCCUGGAUGCAUACAAGCUGGGAAAUGAAUGUCACUUUCAUCUCAAAGAAAACUGAAAUGGAUGUUGUGCUGAAUGAAGAGGACUCCUCCUAUCUGGUGCACCCACACCCUCAGUGGGAACUGGUCAACAAUAAAGCACAUGCCAAGCUGUCUUCCAAAAAGUAUGAGUGCUGUCCACAGCCUUUCACUUUAAUCACUGUCUCUGUUCAGCUGAAACGACGGCCUCAGUUCUACCGCUACCUCACUGUUGGACCAGCCGCCAUACUAGGUCUUUUGGUGCCAGUCAUUUAUCUUGUGCCUGCACCGCGUCAUGACAAAAUGUUGUUUGGUCUCUUGUUGCUGUUGUGUCUUACUGUUCUGUUGGCAAUUCUGCAACAGGCUAUACCCUUUGACCAUGGGUCCUUGCCAAAAAUAUGUUCAUUUUAUCUUGGAACCAUGAUACUAACUUGUAUGAGCAUCGUGACCUCUGUCAUAGUGACAAAUGUCAGCAUCAGAGGAGUGAGGCGCAAACCCUUACCUGCUUGGAUACAUGCUAUUUUUCUUGGGAGACGAAGCUUGCGUCGUCUGAUAUGCCUGGGGGAUUAUGGACCUAUCAAUAACCUUUAUGCUUCUGAGAUCCAAACUCAGAAUCAAGGCCUGCAGGAUGUUGAAAAUGUUAGUGAGCAACUUCUGCCCAACGUUGAAGAAGGAAACAGGGACAGAACUCUGGUUCAAAUCAGCAAGUAUAUUAAGUACAUUGUUGGCAAAAUGGCGGCUGACAUCUCCUACGAGAACAUCAACCAGGAGUGGGAAGAGCUUGGCCGAGUGAUUGACAGGUGUUUGUUUUUGGCAUUUUUUGCUCUCUACAUUUUUACAGCCUCAUCUUUGUUAUAAAAUUUUAUUAUAAAACAGAAUCUUCACCAAGAUGUUUCAACUACCUUUUUGCCUUUUCAUUGUAUUAUUAAUAGAGUUUGCUUCACAUUGUUUCAAAACACAAAAUAUGAAGCAUAAUUCUUUUUGCACCAGUAAUUUUUGAAGUUAUAAUUGAUACGUUUUUUUUUUGUUGUUUAUUUUAAAUAUGUGAAUAUCAUGACACUUUCUUUUUUAAAAUUUUCAUUGUAAAUGGGUUUUAGAAAAAGAAUUUUUGAAUAUUGGUCCAUUAAUUUGAUUUUGAGUUAUUCUUUUAAAAGAAAUAUAUUACGAACAUGUUAAGAAAUCAAAAACAUCUAUUUCUAAAUUGCAUCUGUACGUUUUUGUAGCUAAAUACUAUUCUUAAUUUCAUGUUAGAAAAUAUAUUUCAGAAUGUAGUGCUCAGAAGGUUGAAUGCACUAUCCACUAACUACUUGAAAGGGACUGUCUCACCUGAAAUGUAGUUUCUGUUAUUUUGUUAAACCUCAUCCUACAUAUUUUUCUUUAAACAUUAAUUAUUUACUUUUUGCUUGGUCACAAUAAAUGGUUGCAAGAUUUAAUGAAUAGACAUUAUUAAAGUGUAUUUCUUUAUUCUUCCAAAGCUGAUAAACCUGAAUACAUUUCAAUAGUAUCUUCCUGAAACAAUAUUAUGUUUUGUUUUACUUUAUCUCAAAAUUUCAUUUUGAGGACUUCAGUAUUAUUCUGCGGGCCUUUGUCACAAAUUGUAUAUUCAUUUUAUUUUAUUUUGUUGAGCCCACGUACGUUUCACUAUAGAUGUUAGUAGGUUGAAUUGGAUACUUUACUUUCUUCUAGCUCAGAUUUCAUUUGAUCAAGUUGCUACUGCUAUUUAGUAGAUACUUUUUUUUCCAGCUCUGAUAAAUUUUCAAGUACCAUUUGUUUACCAUAUUUUUGCGCACGUAACCCUUGGGUUAUAUUAAGUUUUUGCAAACGACUGAAAGCUGUUCAGGUUUUACAAAAUGUAUUUUUACUCAUGAACAGAACAUAACAGAAAAUAGGGAAAUAGCUAUGGGCCUUUAUACAUCCUCUAGUUGGCUGUGUGGUUGUGAAAUGUACAUUGGAAAGCUUUAUGAACAUCUCAUUAUAAACCUCAAAAUAUGAAAUAGUACUGAUGCGGAAGAGAAUCUUUAAUAUACCAAGUUUAUGGCAAGUCAUGCUUUUCAGAUGUGGGGUAUAUAAGGGUGUGGGUUGUUGGACUUUGACUUAUUUUGUAAUGUGUGUGGGGUAUGUUUUAUACAUGUGCGGGUUAUACUUGUGAAAAUAUGGUAUACUUUUUUUUUUAUACGUUGUACUUUGCUAACAAUAUACUCUUUUACUUAACAUUGAACAAAUUAGUUAAUUUAACUGAAAUAAUUAUUCAUUGUUGUCUCAAGAGGAAUGUAUUAUACCUUUGAGAAGAGUCAAACUUUAUGUAGAUAGCUAAAACAUCUUGUGAGAUUGUGCCUUGUUUGACCUAAUGAGAGUUAUUAUUAGAACUGUAAUUAUACAAGAGUGAUGCUGUUGGUUUUAUGUGACCAAAAUGCCUACAGCUGUCCACAUCACUGUGUGUCAUGUUUCAUUUCCUUGGUUUAAUCAGAGGAUUUUGGUAUUCAUCAAGUCUUGCCUGUACCCUUGGAGAAUUUGUGAAAACAUAAUGCUUAUUUAUCUUUAUGCUGUUAACUCAUUUGCCCACAGACACUUCCAUCUUUACAUGACCACUCUUUUUAAACUUCCAUCUUUACAUGACCACUCUUUCUAAACUUCAUCUUUACAUGACCACUCUGUUUAGCAAAUGUUUGCUAACAGCUUCAUUAAGUUUUCCUAUUUAAAACAACUCGCCUUACUUUUAUCUAACAGCAGACAACAGGAUUCUUUGAAAUUUUUUUACCAAUGGUCUCUCCCAUUUGGCUUUUUUUUUUUUAUCAAGUAUGGCCGGUCCCAGUAACCCAUCUGUCUUAAAAGGCAAAAAGUACAGUAGUUAGAAUCAGUUGGCUAAACUUAUUUGGAUACACUUUUGAGAUAUUUGUAUUUUUUUUUUUUACUGCCAGUAUAUUGUAUGUGAUUUUCUAUUUUUAAUAGAAAAUAAUGCUCCAACUGUCUAUUCUCCUUUGUGUAGAUAUAAAACUGGUUGUGAGACAUUGGCAUAAUACACAUAUAUGCUUUUUUUAAAUUUUACAUUUUGGUGGUAAUUUUUUAUAUUUACAAGUAAUUUUAGGUUUGUUUGUUGCUGUUUUUUUUUCAUCUAUACAAGUGUUAACCUGUCCAGAUAUUAUUUGUGUUCAGUUGAAAGUUUAAAACAUACUUAGUGUUAUGUACUACCUCAUUAUUUAUAGUUCAAAAGAAUUUUUUUGAUUACACAUGUCAGAACAUUGCCAAAGGAUGAAUGAUUUGACUUUGAAUAUAUUUUGUUCUGCAGCAUUAGUCUAAUUUGUUUUAAUACUGAACAAGUUGUGAUUCAUGGCUAAAUUUGGUGCUUCAGAACUUUUUUUGUAACAAAAAAGUUGUAAAUUAUAUAUUAUUACUUGUUAAAAUUUUUAAACAUUUUUAUUACCAUUAUUUUUGUUUGUUGUAAAUGUGUAAAUACAUAACUGUUUCUAUUUUGUACUCAAUGUUUACAUUUUUUGUGUAUAUACAUUUACAGAUCCUAUGUAAAGGCUAAAAAUUGAUCUAUUAUUUGUUCUUAUUGCAUGCUUCCAGUGUUGUCAGUGUGUUUCAUUUAAUGGUCUUGCAAGUCUUCUAACAGUUUCAUUUUAUAGUUUCAGAUGCUUCUAAUGAAUAAAACUGGUCAGACUAAUUUAAAUAUUUUUUUAAAUGUAUUUAACUGUUUGAUUUUGACCUUAGGUUUUAUUUUUUAAUGCUCAAUAAUUUCUAAAGUACUACAUCAACUGAUUUAAUUACAAGUUAAUUACAUGUAGUGCUUUACAAAACUGUUUAUUUUCUAUACAAUACUAUUAAUGCACACAUUUUCUUUAUUAAAUUGCUGACUGAUAAUGUGGUAUUCUUGUUGUAAAAAUUGUAUUCACUAGUUUAAAAUUAAAAUCCAAUCAUUUAACCACAAAAAAAAAAGACCUUAUUUUUUAGAUAGGCAUCCUUAAUAGAUGUGUAUUUUUUUUUACUGUUAAGUAUUAAUAUUUUGAAUGACAUUGAAGCAUGUGAGUAAAAACAAUUUUAACAAAUUAUGUAAAAAAUAUUUUUAAUAUAAAUAUUUAACUAUACAUACCACUGUCAAAUAAAUUUUAUGUAAAAACUAACUAUUGGUUGUAAACUGUUAAGGACUUAAAAGUAUGUUAACUUACUGAAAGCUUCACUUAUUUCAUUUAAAGUUUGCAAUAGUCAAAACAGAACUAAUGUUGAAGCUGCCAGAGAUCAAUACAUAAUCUCUUGCAAUAAUGUUUUUUGUUUAGCACCCAUCAAUCUGUAAAAGUAUUUUUACCAUAAAUCUCCACAACUUUAUAAUAUGAUUUGAAUAAAUAAUUGGCUACCGGGUAUAUAUUUUCUUUUUUAUUAGCUUAGUCCUAAUAAUACUCAUAUACUGUUGGAACUUCCAACUUACUUAAUUCUUCCUUAUUUGUUUGUAAAACCUGAACUGGAAUAUUAAUUAUGAAACAAAAUCUAAGCAUUGUUGUAACUGAACAUAGAUGUGAUAUGAUCAGGCAUUAUUUUUUUCUCUUUCUUGAGAUUUGAAAAUGUUUCCAACUCUGCAACUAAAGGUCAUUGUGCACUUUCCUGGUCACAGCUUUGAAGUUAUAAAAUUCUAGUUCAUGAAAAAAUAGUAAUCUAAAUUGGUGGUAUUAUUUUACUGCUCUAGUCUGAGUAGCAUACAAAUAAAAAUUUGCCACCUCAGCUGUUAAUAUUGUGUCACUUUCAAAACCGCCCUGUCACAGCCCAAAUAUGUUCUGUCUACAUCAGUGUCCAGGUGCAUUUUUCUUAUUUCAGUCUGGGUUUAAGUAAGGGAUUUAAAGCAUUACUGAUUCUUUACAUUUAAUAAUGCUGUUGUUUUUUUUUUAAAUUAUCUGACCAGUUACUUAAUUUUUAGCGAAUUACUAAAACACAGGCAUCCAAACUUAGAUGACUAAUGUACUGACUAAUAUGAAUGUUAUUUCAAUGAGAUGUUUUUGUAUUUUACAUUAGGAAGAAAUAAAAAAGAGUAUCAUUUUGUAAUGACUUUGUUAGACUGAUUUCUGCCUGUGUGAACUGAAUCUGGUGUGUAGUUCCGUAGAUAUAAAAGUAUACUAUAUACAUCUAUGGUAUUACUGUGUCUUGACUGUGCAGCAACACUUUGUAGACUAAUUAUGACUGAACUGCUUGGACUCAUUAUUGAAUGAAAAGACACAAGUUGCAGGUUGCAUCUAGUUUAAUGGUAGAGAAUAGAAUACAAAGAAAACUACACUGGCACAAGGACCAGGAGACAGACUUAUUCUUUAUCUCUCUCUCUUUUUUUUUUUAUUUAAAUGAAACAAAUAUUUGUUUUGUGUUUUCAUGGUAAUGCCUCAAUAAAAUUCUGGUCUGGCUUUCUUAAAAAUUUGAUUUGACAGGAAAGUUAAAAGAGGAAUUAAAAAGUAAUAUCCAAAGUCAGUAGAUUUAUCAGCACAUAUUAAUUGCAUUUUAUUACCAUGAACAGCCCAAAGUGGACAAGAAAAUAGAACAAGACUAAUCAAAUGUUAUACAAAUCCAUUUAUUUACAAGUUGACAUUACACACAAUGUCAAAAACAAACACAAAAACUUUUUUCUUUAGGUCAGUGCUUUCGUUCAAAUAACUAUGAAGUUUAACCAACUAACCUAACCCCCCCAUUGUUUUUGUUUAGCAUGUAAAUAGUGGUGGGGUGUUUGAUGGAGAAGAUUGAAAUAAAAUUAUGAACAAAAAAAAAA